AUGAUGCAAUUUGACGAGCACUCUUUGGACCCACCUCGAGAUUCGAGAACCUCCGAGAUUCAUACAGAAUUCUCAAACAAAAUAUUCGCGAGGGUACGAUUUAGGAAGAUAUCUCUAGUAUUCGUUAAUAUACUCCAUCGCUUUCUGUACGUAUCUGAACGGGUCAACGAUCAAAGGGCAUCGUUAGGAUAUGUCUCGCCAGGAGACACGAAGCGUCUCAACACUGGAUACCUUUGUAUCCAUUCCUGCUUCUACUUGUAUACAUUUACAGCUUAG